AUGCCGGACGUUAAGCGAUCGAUCAAAAUCAUCACGGAACAGAAGGUCAUUCCCGGUGCAGACAGCGGGGUUGCUGGUUUUCCCUUGCGACAUUGGGCGAUGAGAAUCGUUCUCCUUCAUGCAGACACGAAGCAGGAGAUCGAUGCGGACAUCUUCGAGUCGGUCACAUACCAUCUUCACGAAUCUUUUGGUGACAAGGCGAAACAAGUCUUCAAGAAGCCACCAUUUCGGGUCGCCGAGGAUGGAUGGGGAGAGUUCGAACUGGCGAUCGAGCUGAAGGAUCUUAGCGGGAAGGCACACCACAUUGUCCACGAUCUCAACUUCUCCAAUGCUCGCUACGAGACCAAGCAAAUCAUUACCUUCAAGAAUCCCAAGGGUGCCCUUCUUGACGCGCUUCGAAACUCGGGCCCUAUUCCAGGCGACACUGCCACAAACGGAGCAGAUGCUACUGGCAAAAAGCGCAGCAGUGAGGUUGGUGCUGGUGGUGUACUGAGAAAGAAGAAGGGGGCUGAGAAGGGUAUCGACAUGGACAAGCUGGCCGAGGGCCUUCAGAAUCUUGAUGAAGACGAUCUCCUUCAGGUAGUACAGAUGGUUCAUGACAACAAGAGCGAGGAUUCGUGGAUCAGCAACGAUGUCGAACAGGGCGAGUUCCGCGUUGAUCUCUACACCCUACCGGAGAAUCUCAUCAAGAUGUUGUGGGACUUCGCCUCCGAGAAGAAUGCCAUCCCCGCAUAG